AUGAAAAACAGGAGGCUGAGCACCUGGGUUGGGUAUAAAGGUCAAAUUUGUAUAGCAGGUAGCCCACUGAAAUUAUUCCCAGCAUUCCAAGACGUGUAUGGAUGGGCAAAUCAGCCCUCCCAAUCUGUUGGCUGUAUUGGUUCACUUUUGUCCAAGGCUAUAUAUAAGUUUCAGCAACAGAUCUAUCCUCUAAUGGCUGCAAUGACCUUUGCUACUGGGAUGUGCAUUUUCCAGCUUACCAGAAACGUACUCCUCAACCCUGAUGUCAGGGUCAAUAAAGCUCACCGUACCACAGCUGUACUGGAAAACCAAGAGGAAGGAGAGAAAUACGCCAUACAUGGCCUCCGCAAGUUUCUUCGAACUCGACCGCCGGAGGUCAUGCCGGCUAUCAACCAUUACUUCUCCAACACUACUGAUUGA